UAAAAACGCAUGCGCUAAUAUGACAGAUAGAAAUUUGAGGUUGGAAUAGUACAGAAAGAACUGUCAUUUUUUUUAAUUAUUUUAAUGUAUAUUUUUGUAAUUUAAAAACUUGACAUUAAAAGAUGAUGUCUGAAAGAGAUUAUGCACCUCUUAGUCCUGCUUGUGUACGUUCUCUUAAUGACAAACUUUACGAGAAACGAAAAGCAGCAGCCUUGGAAAUAGAAAAAAUGGUAAAGGAAUUUGCUGCACACAAUAAUACUGUUCAAAUUAAACGAUUGUUAAAAGUGUUAGGUCAAGAUCUUGCUACAUCGCAAAAUCCACAUACACGAAAAGGUGGUUUGAUAGGUUUAGCAGCAAUAGCAGUAGGAUUGGGAAAAGAUACUGGUCAAUAUAUAGAAGACUUAAUUCAUCCUAUACUAGCUUGUUUCUGUGAUUCUGACUUACGUGUAAGAUAUUAUGCUUGUGAAAGUUUAUAUAAUGUAGUAAAAGUAGCAAGAGGAGCAGUAUUGCCACAGUUUACAGAUAUUUUUGCAGCACUUAGUAAAUUAGCAUGUGACUCAGAACAAUCAGUGAAAAAUGCUACUGAGUUACUUGACAGACUAAUGAAGGAUAUUGUAACAGAGAGUGGUUUAUUUGAUUUAGUUGGAUUUAUGCCUUUAUUGAGAGAACGUAUUUAUACUAAAAAUCCAUUUGGUAGGCAAUUUGUAAUAGCAUGGGUAUCAGUCUUAGAUGCUGUUCCUAAUAUGGAUUUUAUUAUAUUUCUACCUGAAAUUCUUGAUGGUUUAUUUAGAAUAUUAGAAGAUCCAACACAAGAAAUUAAAAAAGUUACAGACACAGUCCUUGGUGAAUUUUUGAGAAGUAUAAAAGCUAAUCCUGGAAGAGUAGAUUUUCCUGGAAUGAUAAAUAUUUUAAUUACACAUGCUCAAAGUACAGAUGAAUUAUUACAAUUAACAGCAAUUACAUGGAUUAAGGAAUUUGUACAUUUAUCAGGUCCUCUAAUGCUUCCUUAUAUGUCUGGUAUUCUUGUAGCAGUAUUACCCUGUUUAGCAUAUGAUGGAGAUACCAGAAAAAGUAUUAAAGAAACUGCAACACAAGUCAAUGUAAAUUUGAUGAAAUUAAUAACAAUGAAGAAUAAAGAAAUUGUAAAUAAUGUUAGUGAAACUAAUGCUCAAUCUCAAAAAGAUUCUAGUCAAUCUUGUUCCUUAGCUGAAAGUUUAGAUUUAUCUAGUGUUGUCGAAGUGUUAACAAAAUAUUUAAUGUGCAUGUCAGUCCAAACAAAAGUUGCUGUUUUAAAGUGGAUUCAUCAUUUAUUCAUUAACAUUCCACAUAAAAUGUUUAAUCAUAUUGAAAAUUUGUUCCCAAUUUUAAUGAAAUCUUUAAGUGAUAAUUCAGAUGAAGUGGUACAACAAACAUUAGUUGUAAUGGCCGAAAUAAUUAGUUCAAAAUCACCUGAAGCAGCAAUUACAGAUUCAAAUGCAAAAAUGCAAAAUAAGUAUUUUACAAAAUUUAUCAUAAAUUUAUUAAGAAUAUUUUCAGCAGAUAGACAUUUAUUAGAAGAAAGAGGAGCUUUUAUCAUUAGAGAAUUAUGUAUUUUAUUGAGUGCUGAAGAUAUUUAUAAAACAUUAGCAAAAAUAUUAUUGGAGGAAUCAAAUUUAAGUUUUGCAUGUACAAUGAUACAAACUUUAAAUGUUAUACUGUUAACAAGUUCAGAAUUAUUUGAUUUACGCAAUAAACUUAAAGAUUUAGAUUCUUUAGAAAGUUGUGAAUUAUUUAAAUGUUUAUACAUAUCUUGGUGUCACAAUCCUGUUGCAACUGUAGCAUUAUGUUUUUUAUCACAACAUUAUGAACAUGCAUGUAAUAUUAUUCGAUCAUUUGAAAACAUAGAAGUAACCGUGGAAUUUCUUACUGAAAUAGAUAAAUUAGUACAAUUAAUUGAAUCUCCCAUAUUUACUUACUUGAGAUUACAGCUUUUAGAAAGAGAAGAGAAUGAUGCUUUAGUAUAUGCACUUUAUGGUCUACUCAUGAUUCUUCCUCAAAGUGAAGCAUAUGCAACUUUACAAAGACGUUUAGCAGCAAUACCACCAACAACAAAAUCUAUACCAAGAACAGUAUCAAAUCCAAAACCUUUUAAAAACAUAUUUGAUUUUUCUGAAUUAUUAAAACAUUUUCACAUUAUUCAAGAACAGCAUAAAGAACAGAAACGUAAACAACGAUUAACAAAUUUAACAGAGAAAAAUACAAAUCAUGCAGAUAUAUAAAUAACAUUUUUAUAAUAUUAAAUUUUAAAUAAUUAUAAAUAAUAAUUUAAAAAAAAUUGGUGCAUAUAUAUAUAUAUAUAUAUAUACACACAUACAACGUAUAAACAUACUUUUAAAUUUUUUUAUCAUGUUAAUGUACUUAUCAAAAAUUCAUGCAUUUAUAAUAUCUACUUUUUUAUCACAAAAUUAUUAAGUAUUACAAAAUCAAUUAAGUUAAAUUAUUUUUCCAUAAUAUUUAAUAUAUAUUAUAAUUAACAUUAAUAUAUUUAUUAGCUUUGUAUAUACAAAUACAUCAAAAUACUAAAUAGAUUAAAUAUAUCGCUAUUUACAAUAAUUAUUGGAAUUCAUAUCAUCUCUUUUAAAAAGAAAAGAAGAAAAAUAUACUUUUUAUGUAUAGAAUUUUUUUAAAAUAUUUUUUUUUUAUUUGAUAAAUAAAACUAUAAUUUUAAAACGCAUCAAAUACGUUAUUUAAUAAUAUAAUUAUAAUUAAUAAAAUAAUAAGGGAAAAUUUUUUUUCUAUAUUUAAUGUAAAUAUAUUGUCAGUCUUUUUCUCAUUAAAAAAAUAAUAAAAAUUAAAAAAAAUUUUGCUAAAGCGAUGUAUAUUCCGAGUCAUCUGUAUCCUCUAAAGUGUCGAGUGUUGAUAAACGAUCGAGUUGAUCUAUAAGUAAACCAUUUUUAUAUAGAAUCAUUGCAAUUUGUUCUUGCAUAACACAAAUAUUUUUCCAUUUUUUUGUACUUUCUUGAGCAGGUGAAUUAGUUUUUUCAAUAGUUUUUAAUUUCUCUGGAAAUCUGUCUAUUAAAUGUACAAAAUUUUCGUAUCGUUCUUUGCUUUCGUGCGAUAAACGAUAAGAAAAUGCCUCUAAUAUAUGUUCAUAAUUAUCUACAUCUUUAUCUAAAAUUUGAGUUUGUAAAAAAACCGUUUGUGCCAUUUUAUACCAAUCAGCAACACAUUCAGAUCGACUUAUCAUAGAAGGAAUACAAAAUGUUUCAAGAAGAUUCUUUAUUCUUUGACCUGUGGAUGUAACCUGAGAAUAAGUAAAAAAUUUAAAAUAAAUAUUAUUUUGUCAUUGUUAUUUUCUUGCUUAUAUACUUAUAUACUUCUUACUUAUAUAUUUAUUUAAAAAAAUACCUUUAUUCGUUCUAGAACAUGAAAUUGUUCAUCAUUAUAUGUAAGACCACGAGUAGCUCUAUCUCUCAAUAAAUGUUGCCAACCAUCUCGUAAACGAUCAACUAAAGUAGCUGCUUUUUGACUUGCUUUAUUAAACCAUGGACACCACAAUCCACGAAUAAUAUUAUCCCAUUCACCACGCAAACUGCCUUCUUUUACAUAUCUAUUUUUGAAAUAAUAUGAAAUGAAUAUAUUUUUAUUAUAUGAAUUAAAAGAAUAACAAUAAUGAAAUUUAAUUACCUCUGAUGAAGUUGUACUACUGCAGGAGCUAAUUCAGUUAGAAGUUCUUUACUCUUCAUAUCUAAUUCUUUUUUCCAAUUUUUUAUUUCUAAGGUAUUUUGUCUUCCAAGUUUUCUAGAAACUUGCCAGGCAAGAUUUUCACUUCUUUCUAUUGCUAUAGUUGUAUCUUCUACAGCUUUUGUAAAUUCUUUGGAAUGUUGACAUUUUUCUAAUAAUCUUGUAAGUUCUGUUGAGACAAGUCCACUAAAAGCUUCUAUUGCAUCCUGUGAUAAUUUACUACAUAAUACUAAUUUAUCAAUUCUUCUUUUACAGACAUAGCCAACAGAACAAGCUACUUUUGCUUGACUAGCAUCAUUUUCAACAGAUACUAAAUUUGCAAAUACUGGGAAUUUAGGUAAUUCUGUAUCCACAGGUAAAUCAACAUUAUUAUUUUCUUUAGAAAAUAACAUUAAUGGCUUGUUUUCAGAUGUAUUUGGAUAGCCUUUUCCAGAAGUAGAUUCUUCUAUGAUAUUUGUUAAAAAUGUAUCUCCAAAAAGAAGUAUCUGAGCAUGAGGUGCAAUAUCAGUUUGAUCUUGUAUAUGUACUUGUAGUGCAGUCAAUUUUUCUUCAGGAUGCAAGAAUACUUUUAUGAGGCUACCUUUAUGUAUAUUAAAUAUAUGUAUACGUUUUCUACAAAGAGUAUCUGUUACUUCUGAAAAAAAUCUUUCAAAACUCCAUAUUUUUUGAGGAUCAACUUCUAAUAAACCAGCUAAUAAUGGGGUUACAAUUUUUUUUAAACCAGUACUCAAUUGACAAUUUUGUGGUAAUUCUCUACUCCAUUCAAUAGGUCCAUUUUCAGAAGUUUGUACACCUGAUAUAACACCAGAAGCUUUUUUUGUGAUAAUAUAAAACAUUGUUUCUUUAUUUCUCCGUCCACCAAAUGGUCUAAAUGGUUUACGUAAAACUGCUCUUUCAUAUAUAUCUGGAUGUAAAUAUUCUUCUGUACCAUACAAAGAAACAAACUGUUGAUCUUCUUGUAAUUCUCUAGCAGCACCAAAGUCAGUAAGUUUAUAAAUUGUACUACCAUCAUCCGCAAUAAAUUUCAUUAUAUUACCUACAAGAAUAA